AUGGGCGUGAAUGGUGGGGAACUAGACGAGGAAGUGAAGUCUGAGGCUGGGAAGAAGUACAUUGAAGUGAAGCAUGCUGGAAGAAUAGAUGCACAAGAAAAAGCAAUGGAGCAUGUGAGUGAUGCAGAUCGAUGGUUCCAGGAACCCAGGAUGGGACAGGAGCGGACGAAGCAGCAGAGGGAGUACCUGGAGAAAUUGCCAUGGCUUCCGGGAGGCGAAGCCUUUUUCCAACGCUUUGUGUCGCGGGUGAAGGAAAAAGUGAAGGGCGCCCUCCGGUCUGAAUGUCGAAGGAGAGUGUUGCGCCGUGCGAUCAAGAAAGGUGAGAAGGUGAAGACCCACUGGCCCAUUCAUUCAGGUAAGAGCUCACAUUCCGCCUCUUGGCUCGUCGCUGCCGAUGAAAGAGAGGCCGAGCAGGUGAACCAGAUCAGCCUGGUGGAGAGCCCAAGGAAAGCCUCGGAUCAGGUCAAGCCCUUGCAGGGCAUCAAGCUUCUAUUUGGUGCACGGCCGAGGUCCUUUGCAAUCCAGACUGCCUGUGUGGGUCUCCAGCUGCGGCAUCGCUCGGCUUGGACACGAGUCGCGGCGGAGGCACACGGCCUGGGCUCGAGUCGCUUCCAGCGACGGCAAAAACGCUUUGGGCCUAACCCAGUGCCUGAGCCUCGGCCUCGGUGUCCGCCCUUGACGCCGCCGGAUCUCAAUGGAUACCAAGUCGAUUUGCAGCAGAAAGUGGAUUUGGUCCAAGAUCUCUUGGCGGACUUGAGUGAUGUCCCCCUGGAUGUAGUCCCCUCCCCUGAGCUCCUUCACUACCGACAUCGCGUGCGCUUCGGGCUCCGGCAUGGGGAAGAGGAAGCGCUGGACUGGUCGGUGGUCGACCCAGAGUCCGGCGAAUGGAUCGUUGUGAAGGCAUACCCCUUGGCGUCUGUGCGCAUCAAUCGCUUGAUGUCCGAGUUGCGUGAGGCGCUGGCGCAGGAGAAGAGGCUCCGGUGGAAGGCCUUUGAGGUGGAAUUGCUCUCCAACACCAAGGGGGAGGCUUUAGCUUUGAUCAUGUACCACCGACGCCUAGACCCCGAAGACGACCUGCCGCGCGCGCAGGCCUUGGCCAAAGAGUUGGAUGCGAAGGUGGUGCUCCGAGCAAAGGGGCAACGGAUGGCGGGGCGCAACAGCUUCCUGGUGCAGGAGAAUGAGGUGGCAGGGCGGAGGUAUUCGCAACGGCUCUUGGAGAGCAGCUUCUUUCAAGCCAAUCUUCGCUUGAAUCAGCAGAUGCAAUCUUGGGUGACGGGCGAACUCACCGAUCUCGCUGCCUCUGGUGGCGACCUGCUGGAGAUCUACUGUGGCAAUGGGAACUUCACGCUCCCCGCAGCAGACGCGUGGCGCACAGGUCAGGUGUUGGCUACUGAGUUGGACCGGCUGUCGCUGGCCGGGGCGGAGGCUUGUGCCAAGGAAGCAGGAAUUGAGAACCUGGUUUUUCGGAAGUGCAUGGCUGAAGCGAUGAACCUCCAGAAGCUGCGACCGCUGGGACUGCAGGGUCCCUAUGAGUUCAGCACGCUCUUGUUGGAUCCGCCACGUGCUGGGUUGAACGAUCGAACCCGAAAGAUGGCGGAGAGCUUUGAUCAUGUGACGCUGGGUUCUGUUCGUUUCGGAAACAGCGUUCCAAACACGAGUGCGGAGUUGGAGAUUUACAUCUCCUGCAAUCCUCGGGCCUUGCUUCGAGACUUGCAGCUGAUGAAGACUCAUCGCAUUGAGAAGGCUUGCCUUUUCGACCAGUUCCCAUGGACGGAUCAUGCGGAAGUGGCCGUGCGCCUCUUCAGGCUUGGCGCUUCAGGCUGA